AACAUCUGUCUGGUUGGAGGUUUUCAAAGUGAAAGGAGAUGAUGUUGGUUGUGUGGUAAAGAACUCUGCCACUUUGGUUGGUACAAUGUACUCUUUGCAUGCUUCUGAAAUUCACAUUGAUCUUCCAACACUUGAUGAGAAAGACAAAGAGUAACAUUCUUCAGUUUCUUGUUUGUUAUGCCUAUCAUAGCUACGUGGGGAGUGAAAAACAAGGUUGACUUCCUCUCUCUGUCACAUGCUAGACAUGUGGAAGAUGUUCGACAAGCUCGACAAUUUCUUUCUAAGCUAGGUGACCUUAACCAAACUCAAAUAUUUGCAAAGAUGGAAAGUGUAGAGGUGUUUUUGUUUCAGAAAACUGCCCUUUAUAGAUGUAAUAUGGCUGGAAAGCCUGCUGUUGUAACUCGUGUGGUAGACAGCAUGACUAACAACUUGAGACCUACACGUGCAGUAGCUACUGUUGUUGCCAAUGCUGUACUUGAUGGAAGUGAUGCAAUUCUUCUUGGGGCUGAGACAUCGUGGAUUACGUCCAGUAGAAACCGUUUCAACCGUUAGUAGAAUAUGUGCUGAGAAUUGGGGUUCAAUAAAUCUGGUUAUAGCUUCGGAGAAGUCAUUGGCAUGUAGUUCAGCAACAAAGGUAGUGGUACUGACUUGGUUGGAGCUGUCGAAGACCUCGGUCAGUCUUCACUUGAACAUAUUUUGGACAACUUUGAUGUGGAUAAUCGCAAUUGUCUCUCUUCCUGGACGAUUUUUAGCUGCUUUACGGAGGGAAAG